GCUCAGACUGAGUGAGUCCGCUCGAGCUGCGGUCGAGCUCGAGAUGCGUCUGAGAGGGGAUCAAUAAACAACAACAACAACAACAACAACAACACCGCCAGCCAGCUGUCAGCCUCACAACACCCCCACCUCCAGGAACAACUUUGUGCGCCUCGAACCGAGACGACCUGGACUUUUUGUCCCGCCGCUGCUGGUCGCUCCGGGUCCGGGUCCGGGUCCGGGACCGCUGGACCUGAGUGAGGCUGAAGAUGUCCAUCCUGCCCUUCACCCCCCCCAUCGUGAAGCGGCUGCUGGGCUGGAAGAAGGGCGAGCAGAACGGCCAGGAGGAGAAAUGGAGCGAGAAGGCGGUGAAGAGCCUGGUGAAGAAGCUGAAGAAGACGGGCCAGCUGGACGAGCUGGAGAAAGCCAUCACCGCGCAGAGCGCGAGCACCAAAUGCAUCACCAUCCCCAGGUCCCUGGACGGCCGGCUGCAGGUGUCCCACAGGAAGGGCCUCCCUCACGUCAUCUACUGCCGCCUGUGGCGCUGGCCCGACCUGCAGUCGCACCACGAGCUGCGAGCGCUCGACCUGUGCGAGUUCGCCUUCCACACCAAGAAGGAUGAGGUGUGCGUCAACCCGUACCACUACCAGCGAGUGGAGACCCCCGUGCUCCCCCCGGUGCUGGUGCCCAGACACACAGAGAUCCCCACCGAGUUCCCUCCUCUGGACGACUACAGCCAUUCCAUCCCCGAGAACACCAACUUCCCCGCCGGCAUCGAGCCUCAGAGCAACUACAUCCCAGAAACGCCACCGCCGGGUUACCUCAGUGAGGAUGGAGAGACCAGCGACCACCAGAUGAGCCACAGCAUGGACACCGGCUCCCCCAGCCUGUCCCCCAACCCCGUGUCCCCCGCGCACAGCAACCUGGACCUGCAGCCGGUGACGUACUGCGAGCCGGCGUUCUGGUGCUCCAUCUCCUACUACGAGCUGAACCAGCGGGUGGGCGAGACGUUCCACGCCUCGCAGCCGUCCCUCACCGUGGACGGCUUCACCGACCCGUCCAACUCCGAGCGCUUCUGCCUGGGCCUGCUGUCCAACGUCAACCGCAACGCCGCCGUGGAGCUGACCAGGAGACACAUCGGCCGGGGCGUGCGGCUGUACUACAUCGGCGGGGAGGUGUUCGCCGAGUGCCUCAGCGACAGCGCCAUCUUCGUCCAGAGUCCCAACUGCAACCAGCGGUACGGCUGGCACCCGGCCACCGUCUGCAAGAUCCCGCCAGGCUGUAACCUGAAGAUCUUCAACAACCAGGAGUUCGCCGCCCUGCUGGCUCAGUCGGUCAACCAGGGCUUCGAGGCCGUUUACCAGCUGACCCGGAUGUGCACCAUCCGCAUGAGCUUCGUCAAGGGCUGGGGGGCCGAGUACAGGCGUCAGACGGUGACCAGCACCCCCUGCUGGAUCGAGCUGCACCUCAACGGCCCCCUCCAGUGGUUGGAUAAGGUUCUGACCCAGAUGGGUUCUCCCAGCAUCCGCUGCUCCAGCGUGUCGUAGAGGAGGAGGCCCCGCCCACUCCGCCCCGCCCCCCACUUAGCCCCGCCCCGCCCCCGGCUGUAGCACUUUCUCCUCUUCGUGUCUUCAAAAGGUUAUUUUUGUAAAAGUUUCUCAGCCACCGGAGGAUCGUCUUCACCUUCAUCUUUAUUUUUAUUUUUAUUUUUACUUUUAUGUUUAUUUUUGUUUUUAUUUUUGUUUUUAUUUUUGUUUUUACUUCUUCUCUUCCUCGUGCUAAAGAAGGAGCAGCUCGUUCUUGUUGUUCCGGCGCCGAGGCGUCGGCGGAUUUCAGCUUUUCCAGCAUUAAUCUCAGUUUUUGUAAAGUUUUUUUCGUUGUUUUUCUUCUUGGAUUCAGCAUUUUAAAGACUUUGUUCAGCUCAGGAUCAAAGUCUUUCUGAAGCCAUAAGAGCUGCCGGCCGACGUGACGUCAGGCAGGCCAGAGAAGAGGAGCCACGGUUCGAUUCCCUCAGAGCAGCGACUGAAGUGAGGCGGACUGGAAACAGUCCUGGAUCAGGACUUGGACCAGGACCUGGACCUGGACCACAACCUGGACCAGGACCUCAAUCAGAAAUUAAACCAAGAUUUGGACCAGGAACUGAACCAGCAACUCAACCAGGAGCUGAAUCUGGACCUGAAUCUGGACCUGAACCAGGAACUGAACCCGGAGCUGGACCAGGAGGAGAGUCGGCCUGAUGUCACUGCUCAGGACAUCCCUCUGAGCCAUGCUACAUGCUACAUGCUACAUGCUACAUGCUAAAGAGUGACAGGGCUCACACACCAGCCAUGCUACAUGCUAAAUGCUACAUGCUAAACAUGAUUAAAGUCUGACUGAUUGACUCAUAAACAGUUCGUCCCUCUGUGGUAUAUUGGUAUCGGGUAUCGGUGUUGGAUAUCAGGUAUCUAUUGGGUAUCGGGUAUCAUAUUGGAUAUUGGGUAUUA